AUGUACACUGAUCAUCAGGGCACUGAUGAUCAGUGUGGCCCCAGAAGUGCCACCUGUCAGUGCCCAUCAGUACCACAUAUCAGUGCAUACCAGUGCACAUCAAUGCCACAUAUCAGUGCCCACCUUAGCUGCCUUUCAAUGUCACCCAUCAGUGCCAUCAGUGCCACCUACCAGUGCCAGUCAGUGCCGCCUAACAGUGCCAUGUAUCAGUAUCAUGUAUCAGUGCUGCCUUUCAGUGCCCAUCAGUGAUGCCUGUCAAUGCCCAUCAGUGCAAUCUACCAGUGCCUCCUCAUCAGUGCAGCCUAUCAGUGCCCAUCGCUGCAGCCUCAUUAGCGCACAUCAGUGAAG